CCCGCUAGCAGACACAAAGCCCAAGGCCGUCACAAAGUCCCCAACAAAGUCCUGUGAAGGAAUAUGUUCCUGGCCUGGCAAACAAGGAGGAGGUGCUAAUGGGCUUACCUGGGGGCUCCUGGCUGAAGGCCAGAUCCUUGGUCCUGGUGGAGGAAAGCGGGCAACAGGGAAGGCAGCCAGGAGACAAGAAAGGGGUUGUGAGGCUCACUGGCCGCUGCCCCACAUCAAGGAGUGCAGAGGCUGACCAACCCCCGUAGCAGCUGAACCUAAGGGCUUCAGCGUAGGCCCAGGGAGCUCCAGCUGGGAGAAUGUGGUGGCCUGGGCUCCCGCCUGCUGCCUCUCCCCUAGAGGGCGCCAGCAGGGCCUGGAGCAGUAGGAAGCAGAGGGGGCGCCAGCAGGGCCUGGAGCAGUAGGAAGCAGAGGGGCGCCAGGUUGCAGGAGAGGAGGCCAUGAGCACUCGGGGCGAGAAGCUGCUGCUGCUGCUGGCGCUGCUACUGUCUCGGGUGGAACCCGAGGAGGAGAAGGAAUCGCUGGAAGUGGACCUGUUGUCAGGUAAGGCGCCCAGGAUGCCCGCUACCUGUGUGGCUGUGGUGCGCCUGCACCGGGGUGCAAAGGACGCCUCAUCCGUUCCUCUCCCUCAUCCCAGAUUCGAGGACUCAUCUGUGUUUGAAAGUAACGGGGCCCUGUGGGAGGGCUGGGCCGGCGGGCCACAGGGGAGGAUCCCAGAACCAUUUCUCCUUCCACAGCCAGACCCAGGAUGCGCGGGGCCUCGCGCGGGGCCUCGAUGGAGCCCCUUGGGGGCCAGGGACCCCGGGGGCAAGCCGGGCGGGGUGGGCCUGUCUCGUUCAACACAGCCACAGGUUCGUCUGACCAUCCCAGGGCCAUGCGGCCACCGGACCCUCCCGUCCCGCGUGGUGGGUGGAGAGAACGCGAGACUCGAGAGCUGGCCAUGGCAAGGGAGCCUGCGCCUGUGGGGCAGCCACAUGUGCGGAGCCAGCCUGCUCAGCCGCCGCUGGGUGCUCACUGCCGCCCACUGCUUUGAAACUUCCCUUGAUCCCUUUGAGUGGACGGUCCAGUUUGGCGAGCUGACUUCUAGGCCAGGUAUCUGGAACCUGCAGGCCUACUACAAUCGUUACCAAGUGGAAGAUAUCUAUCUGAACCCCCAAUUCAAGGGGAAGGCGCCCUAUGACAUUGCCCUGCUAAGGUUGGACUCCUCUGUCAAGUACACAAACCUUAUCCAGCCUAUUUGCAUCGUUCCCUCCGCGUUGGAAUUCGAGAACCGGACUGACUGCUGGGUGACCGGCUGGGGGGACAUCAGAGAGGGUGAAGAUCUGCCAUCUCCUUACACCCUCCAGGAAGUGCAGGUGUCCAUCAUCAACACCACCAUCUGUAACCACUUGUACCAAAUGUCAGACUUCCGCUAUAGCAUCUGGGGAGACAUGGUUUGUGCCGGACAGCUUGCAGGCGGCAAGGAUUCCUGCUUUGUGAGUGUCACCCCAGCCCACCAUGAUCUUCUGCAACUAGUAUCCCACUGUUCCCAGCCCCAGGGUGACUCAGGAGGACCCUUAGUCUGCGAACUGGAAGGGCUGUGGUAUCAGAUUGGAAUUGUGAGCUGGGGAGUAGGCUGUGGUCGACCCAACCGGCCUGGAGUCUACACCAACGUUAGUCAGCACUUUGACUGGAUCCGGAUGCUGAUAGCCCAUAAUGGCAUACCCAGGCCUGACCCCUCCCCUGCACUGCUGUUCCUUACUCUGCUCUGGGUUCCCAGGCUCCUGGGACCAGUCUAAAUGAACCUGGCCUUCAAGGGUUGGAACCUUCUGCUAGUUAAAGCUUUGGUCCUCUUCUAUUCUGUUGACUAAUAAACACAUUCAGCAUUCCUCCAGA